CCACCCUGGUCAGCCCUAACGCAUUUUUGGCCUCCCUCGUCCUUUUCCAGCGAGAAGGGAAUCCAUGCCCUUCGCAUUGGCCUUUUGUCAGGCCGCACCAUUGGCCGUCCAUGUCCUGAGCUGGAGCUUUAGGGCUUCAAAAACCAAACACGUCCUUCCCUCCGAUCUCCCAUGGACCCUCCAGCCAUGGAUUCCAUCAAAGAAGCCAACAAGGACAAGGAGGAACGACCAUAUCGAGGGCCACCCAAGGAAUUCCAGCCUAGGAGUUAUCAGAUUAAGGUAUUCGAGGUUGCAAUGCAAAGGAACACUAUUGCGGUGCUGGAAACAGGGGCUGGAAAGACGAUGAUCGCGGUGAUGCUUAUAAAGGAGAUUGGCAGAAAGCUGAUUGAAAAUGGUAAAAAGAUGUUUAUAAUUUUUCUGGCGCCAACUGUUAAUCUUGUCGAUCAGCAAUAUGAAGUGAUCAGAGAUCACACAGAGUUUGGUGUGGCUGAAUACUAUGGGUCUAAGGGGAUUGGUGAGUGGAGCGCUGAAUGCUGGAAGAAGGAAGUUGGCAUCAAAGAUAUUGUGAUUAUGACUCCCCAGAUUUUAUUGGAUGCUUUAAAGCAUGCUUUCCUGACUCUAGACAUGGUACACUUGAUAAUUUUUGAUGAGUGCCAUCGUGCAACUGGAAAUCAUCCAUAUGCCAAAAUAAUGAAGGAAUUUUACCACAAGUCUGGAUGCAAGCCAGCCAUUUUUGGAAUGAGUGCAUCUCCUGUAGUAAGGAAAGGGGUUUUAUCAUCCAAAGGUUGUGAAGAGCAAAUAUCUGAGCUUGAAAGCAUCUUAGAUUCUAAGGUUUAUAUUGUCAAGGAUAGAGCUGCAGUUGAAGCAUUUGCUCCUUCAGCUAAAAUGAUUAAUAUAUACUAUGAUGCCACCAACUUUAACUCUGAAGAUUUGAAAACUAAGUUAGAAGCUUUAAGGGAGAAGGUUGAUGCUUCACUGGUUGGUUUGCAAGAAUCAGCAUCCUAUCAAUUUAAAGACACUAAUGAUAUACUAAUGGCAUCAAGAAAGAGCUUGUCAAGACAUCAUGGGAAGAUUUUGUAUUGUCUAGAUGAGCUUGGGCUUAUUUGUGCAGCUGAGGCAGCAAAAGUGUGUAUAGAAAAUGUUCAUCUUCUAUCUGCUGUUGGAGAGAAUAAAUUUUCUAAAGAAAGUUCUGACUUACAUAUUUCUUUUCUAGAGGAAGUCUUGCACACAAUAGAGAAGAUAUUACCGCAUGACUAUGAAAAGCUUACAAAAACAGAAAGCAACUAUAUCGAGGGAACUAAAAUGGGACUUGUAUCUCCUAAGUUGGAUAAACUGGUUCAUAUUUGUCAAUCAUUUGAGUCAUCUAAAGAAUUACUUUGUCUAAUUUUCGUAGAAAGAAUUAUAGCAGCUAAAGUGAUAGAACGAUUCAUGAAAAGGAUCAGUAAGUUAUCUCAUUUUUCAAUCUCCUAUUUAACUGGUGGGAAUUCAUCGAAAGAUGCUUUAUCACCAAAAAUGCAGAAGGCCACUCUAGAUAUGUUUCGAGCUGGGGAGGUAAACUUCUUGUUCGCUACUGAUGUAGCUGAAGAGGGAAUUCAUGUACCUAAUUGUUCUUGUGUGGUACGUUUUGACCUGCCCAAAACAGUUCGUAGUUAUGUCCAGUCUCGUGGCCGAGCACGACAGAUUGAUUCCCAUUUUGUCCUUAUGAUCCAAAGGGGAAAUACUGAACAAGGAGAUCACGUGUUUGAUAUUAUUCGAAGUGAAUUUUUGAUGACAAGUUCUGCUUUAUAUAGUGAUCAUAAGACAUCUAUCUCCAAACUUUGUUGUGAACAUAAGGAUGCAUAUUGUGUUGAGUCAACAGGGGCAACAGUUACUGCAGAUUCUAGUGUUAACCUCAUCUAUAAAUACUGUGACAAGCUUCCCAAAGACAGGUAUUUCAUCCCAAAGCCAUCCUUCCAAUUACUUGGGAAAGAUGGCUUAUUCGAGUGUGUGUUGACCUUACCUCCAAAUGCAGCAUUUCAAACGAUAGUAGGUCCUCUGUGUGGCAACUCUAACUUAGCAAAGCAGCUGGCAUCCUUAGAGGCCUGCCAAAAACUGCAUGAGUUGGGUGCACUCAGUGAUCAUCUUCUUCCUUUUCCUGAAGAGCCUUUGGAGACUGAUAUUGCUGGAAUAAACAAAGAUUAUGCUUCUGGGGCAGGAACAACUAAAAGGAAAGAACUUCAUGGAAUGAUCAGUGUCCGUGCUUUAUCUGGAACUUGGGCUCACAGACCUGAUAAUGUAACAUUGAAUGCAUAUAAAAUAAAUUUUGUUUGUGACCAAGAAGGUGAAAACUAUUCUGGAUUUGUUCUCUUAAUUGAGGCAAUACUUGAUGAUGAUGUAGCAAGUGCAAAAAUGGAGCUCUUCUUGAUUCCUAACAAGGUGGUCAAGACGUCCAUUUCUCCAUGUGGCAAAAUCCAAUUAAAUUCAGAUCAGGUGGAGAAAUCAAAACUGUUUCAAGAAUUUUUUUUCAAUGGCUUAUUUGGUAAGCUAUUUAGUGGAUCUAGAUCAUCUGGAAUGCAGAGAGAAUUCCUGUUUAGGGCAGGACAUAAAUUAUCAUGGAGCUCUCUGAAUAUGUACUUGCUUUUACCCCUUGAGUCCUCGUUGCUUACAAAUCAUGGUACUCUAAACAUUUACUGGAAGGCAAUUGAUGCAUGUGCAUCCAUGGUGAAAUAUCUGAGAAAUAUAUACUCGCUAAAUGGUGACUGUUGUCCUGAAUGUUCAUUAGAUAGCUGUUCAAUAUCUUAUAGAGCAACAAGUGAGAGUUCAGACAUCAUUCACUUGGCUAACAAAUCUCUUAAGACCGAGUACCUUAAAGAUUCAGUGGUUUUAUCCAUUCAUACUGGGAGGAUCUAUUCUGUUCUUGAUGUGAUAGAUGAUAUUACUACAGAGAGUCCAUUUGAUGAGUCUUUUGAUGCCAAACCAUCACAAUUUGCUUCAUUCAUAGACUAUUACUACCAAAAGUACAAUAUUAUACUUCAAUACCCAGGACAGCCACUGUUAUUACUAAAGCAAAGCCAUAACCCACACAAUCUUCUUUUUUCGAAAUCAAAAUUUGAAGAUGGUUCCACUGGCCAAAGUUUGAUGGUAGAGAAACAACAAGUUCAUGCUCGUAUCCCUGCUGAACUUUUGGUUUACAUAGAUAUAUCAACCGAUAUAUUGAAGUCAUUUUAUUUACUACCUUCAGUAAUGCAUCGUUUGGAAUCAUUAAUGCUGGCCAGCCAGCUUCGAGAAGAAAUUGGUUUUAGUGAUAGCCAUUCUCGCAUAUCAAGUUCUCUGAUUUUAGAAGCAAUUACAACUAUGAGAUGUGGUGAGAAUUUUUCUUUGGAGCGUUUGGAACUGCUGGGGGACUCGGUGUUUAAAUAUGUCGUGAGCUGCCAUCUAUUUUUGAGAUAUCCUAAGAAGCACGAAGGGCAGCUAUCCGAUCAUAGAUCCUGGGCAACUUGUAACUCGACACUUCAUAAACUGGGAACCAGUCGCUCCAUACAGGGUUAUAUACGGGACAGUGCAUUUGAUCCACGGCGCUGGGUUGCUCCUGGACAAAUUUCAUUACGUCCCCUCCCUUGCAUUUGUGGGAUUGACACUUCUGAUGUCCCCGUUGAAAGAAGAUACAUGACUGAAGAGACUACUGUUGUGGUAGGAAAGGCCUGUGACAAAGGUCACAGGUGGAUGUGCUCUAAGACUAUUGCAGAUUGUGUUGAAGCUCUCAUAGGAGCAUACUAUGUAGGUGGUGGAUUAAGUGCUGUGUUUUCAUUGAUGAGAUGGUUGGGCAUUGAUGUAAAAUUUGAAACAACAUUAGUGAAAGGAGCAAAGUUGAUUGCAUCUCAUUGGUGUUACCUUGCACUAGUGAAUGAAAUUGAAAUGUUGGAAUCUAAACUUAAUUAUAGGUUUUCAAUAAAGGGUCUACUAUUGGAGGCCAUCACACAUCCAUCUCAACAGGAGUUAGGACUUGAUUACUGCUACCAGCGACUUGAAUUUCUGGGUGACUCUGUAUUGGACUUGCUUAUUACAUGGCGUCUCUUUAUAAACUAUGGAGAUAGUGACCCUGGAGAACUGACUGAUUUGCGUUCAGCCUCAGUUAAUAAUGAAAAUUUUGCACAAGCUGCUGUAAGACACAACUUUCAACAAUAUCUUCAACAUGGCUCUGGAAUACUUUUAGGUCAAAUAACAGAAUAUGUAAAGUAUAUCUCAGAAAAUCAAGGCAAUGAAGAUAUGCUCCUAUCAGCUGGUGUUCACAAAAGUCCCAAGGUUCUUGGAGAUAUUGUAGAGAGUAUUGCAGGGGCAACAUUAAUAGAUACAGAACUUAAUCUCGAUAUGGUUUGGGGGAUUUUCCAACCAAUACUUUCUCCUAUUAUAACACCUGAUAGGCUGGAAUUACCCCCUCUUCGCAAAUUAAUUGAGUUAUGUAGCUAUCUCGGGUAUUUCAUAAAUACAAAAUGCACAAAUACUGGGGAAGAGGUUGCUGCUGAACUUGCAGUACAGCUUAGAGAUGAACUAUUGGUAGGACGUGGAUGUGACAGAAAUAGAAAAGCUGCAAAAGCACAAGCAGCUGCUUGUUUAUUGAAGGACCUUGAGAAAAGGGGAAUUUCACAUACUCAAUAUGUAUCCAGAAGGGAACAUGAACUUGAUUCUAGAGACAUAUCCUUUCAUUCAGCUAUAGAUUUGGGAGAAUCUGCAUAUUCUACAUUUUCAAAGGAAAAUUGUUAUCCAAAUGAUCUUUCCAGGUUGAGCAGUUCCAAGCUGAAUGAACCAGUUAUUCUUCCAAUUAAGAUGCAAAAAGGUGGCCCCCGGACUGCUCUAUUUAAUCUAUGUAAAAUAUUACAGUGGCCUUUGCCAAGAUUUGAAUCAACAGAACAAAAGUUUAGAACUCCAAUUAUUUUGAACGGAGUAAUGACUCAAAAUUUCAACAGUUUCACAUCAAGUAUUUUGUUGCACAUACCCAAUACCACGGUAAUUAGACUUGUGGGUGAGCAAAGAACAGAUAAAAAGAGUGCACAAGAUUCAGCAGCACUUGUCAUGCUUCUUGAGCUGGAGAAACAAGGAAUUUGCACCAUGAAGGAGACAUGAAGAAAGCAUAUGCGUAUUUUAUUUAUAUUAGUGACGCCCUAAGGGAGCUCUUGUUUGAAAUCCUGGAACUAGCGAGCUUAAUUCUCCUACGUAAAUUCUGAUCUCAAUAGCCUUUGACUAAUGCAUGUUACUCUGGUCCCUGUUUGUGCCCACAAAUGCCGGUUGGUUUAGAAAAUCUAAAUAUCAGCCUCUUUCUGAGGUGGAUUUUCGUUA